CUUCCACAAGCCACCAGCAAAGAGAACUUCUCUACGACUCGCUCCAGUUUAUGCACAGGAUGGAGGACCCAGUAUCGACUCCCAGGAUUCCAGCACAAGCCUUCAAGCGCAGUACUGCGGCUACAAAAGAACAGCUGCUCUCCUCCUCGCCCGGAUUUGGCACACCUGCAUACCCAAUUGCCAGCCGACAGCCGGUUAUCAGACAACCUUUUGCAACGCACUUGAAUGACACCGCGAACAAUGUCCCUACAGUGCUCUCGAUCCUACUCCCUCCCCAGACGCUACGCCCUGUCGCUUUCAGGACCCUCACCAAGAAACACAAUCUGACCCUUACAUCGUCAGGGCUGGGGCUUCUUUCCACGUUUGUUGGCAAAUUCUGCGGCAGUCGGUGGCGGGAAGAAGGGCUUGCGGAAAGGGUUCUCGACGAGAUCGCGAAAAUAUGGAAGCGGAACGGCGGUGGACUCAUCAUUGAAGAUGGACCGGACAAAAAGCUGUCCGGUAUUCUCAAGUUGCUCGAGCCAUGCAUGUCUGGUGGCCUACUCGAUACCGGCAAGCUAUCACGAACAAACGGUUCUGUCGGGAGUCCAAGUCUCUCCAGGUCUAGCUCUCUCGUGGACCGGCCUGGGAUGGACAGAGACGACAGUCAGACCAGUCUGGGUCUUUCUGGGCUAAAUGUCGAAGAAGACGACCCCAACGGUGAGGACCAUAGCCUAGACAUACGCUCCUACUUGAAAGCCAUCUCGGCUUUCGACCAGCCAAAACUCUUAUACUCGAUGUCAAAGAAAACCUUGGAGCCGAUGCCAGGCUCAGCAACCCUCCUCCCUCCUAUACAACACAAGAUAUCCAUGUUCCGAAACCGGUAUCACCUAGUACACCAACGCCUCAUGCGCAAUGAAUCGUUCCAGACGCCAUCAUUCUCAACCUCCGGCAGACCGCCGAGUCUCUUACAUUCCGGCAGCAGCGUGGCAACUCUUCAGCAAGCAUACAAAAUCACCCCUAUCUCCAACCUCCUCGGGCGCUCCGGCUCAUCACACCUCCUUCUCGGCAUGCUCGUGCACUCUGCAGCCGGCGAUCUCUCUCUGACAGACUUAUCCGGAAGUGUAGCCCUUGACCUGUCCAUCGCUCGCCCCAUCCCAGCCAACGGCGCAUGGUUCUGUCCGGGUAUGAUUGUUCUGGUCGAAGGCACGUACGAGGAAGACGGCUCUCACAGUUCCAAUCUCGGCGCCGCAUCAGGGGUCGGCGGCCAAAUCAAAGGCCAUUUCAUCGCGGAGACUGUGGCCGGACCGCCGGCCGAGCGACGAGGUCUAACAAUCGGCUCUUCGAACGGUCUGGACGCAGACAACAUGAGCGUGCACACCAGCGUGGGCGCUGGCUUCGGUUGGAUCGACUUCCUCGGCGUGGGCAGCGACAAGGGCGUCGGCUCGCAAAUGCGUCGGCUUCGACGACGGUUUUACUCACCUUCGCCCGACACCAUCGGCGCAUCAGACGCAGACGCAGGCGAAGAACAUCACCGCCUUCCACGCACCAAAAUCGCCAUCUUAGCAGAAUGCACUCUCGACAGCCCUCGCACGCUCGAAGCCAUCCGCGCCAUUCUCUCGUCUUACAACACAUCUGCAGGCGACGCGGACGACCUCCCGCUCUCCGUGGUACUGAUGGGCAACUUCGUCUCCACGGCGAGCAUGGCCGGCUCGGCUAAAGGAGGGAGCGUGGAAUAUAAAGAGGCCUUCGACGCGCUGGCCUCGAUAUUGUCCGACUUCCCUUUCCUCCUGGCCAACACUACCUUCGUAUUUGUGCCAGGCGACAAUGAUCCGUGGGCGAGUUCAUUCUCAAGUGGCGGUGCAUGUGUGCUGCCCAGACAGGGCGUCCCAGAGGUAUUCACGUCGCGCAUCCGACGGGCCAUCGCAAGCGCGAACAGCGAAAGGAAGGACAAAGAUCGAAAUACGACCACGGGAGACGCGGUAUGGACGAGUAACCCUGCUAGACUGAGUCUCUUUGGACCACUGGAGGAAAUUGUACUGUUUAGGGACGAUAUCACGAGUCGGUUCCGAAGGAAUGCGGUCACUUUCUCCAAAUCAGAAGAUGAGAACGAGGAUGACGAGGACAUGUCCAACGACCAAAAUGAGAAUGAGAAUGAGAAUGAAGAUGGCAACGGUGAAUUCAUGGAAUCGGACGAAACUCACAAUCUCGACCGCCGCGUGCACGAAGCCACGUCCCACCUGCCCCAGCAGAACAAGACGAAUACUAGUAGUGCAAACACGGCACACUCGACACAAGCAGCCCGGAAACUCAUCAAGACGAUUCUCGACCAGUCACAUCUCGCGCCCUUCGCGCACUCGAUCCGCCCCGUGUUUUGGGACCAUGCGGCGUCGCUGUCCUUGUACCCGCUGCCGACGGCCCUGGUGCUCGCGGACGCAGAAAUGCCCGGGUUCGCAAUCAGUUACGAGGGGUGCCAUGUCAUGAAUCCCGGCCGCGUAGUGGAUGAGUUGGGACUGAGUAGAGCGUCCGGUAGAGGGAGUGGUGUCGGAAGAUGGGUUGAAUUCGACGUGAUGAAAAGUAAAGGGGAGAUGAGGGAGGUUAGAUUUUGAAUGUGGCGACCGAGUGGCCGGAGUGACUUGUGUACGAAAUGGUAUGAUUGGGUCUAGGAUGGGUACCGAUGUGAGCCUGGGGAUGGCGCUGUUGUACCGUACAUGAUCUUGAAUCUCGAUUCCUGUGUAUACAGGACGUUGGCAUUGGAAUUGACCUUGGUUAUGGGAACCUCCCAGUCCAGGGGCUAACUGUUUGGCCGGCCUAGAAAGUACAUGCCUGACUACGAGACUACGAGCCCAUGAUGGUAUACUGGGUUAGUCCAGAGAAGCCCAGAUGAAGAGGAUGC